UUUAGCACAAUUCCAGUAUUNGCCAUUGCACAACCAGCCAUACACGCAGCACCAGUAUUAGUAAAAUCCACCCCAUUUGCAGUGCAUCAUGAAGAACAAUACGCACCCGCCAAAUACGAAUUUGCUUAUGGAGUUGAGGACCACCAUACCGGCGACAUCCAUUCCCAAAAGGAAAGACGUGAUGGAGAUUUAACUCAAGGCGAAUACUCCCUUCACGAAGCCGAUGGUACCAUCAGAACUGUCAAGUACACCGUUGACAAACACAGCGGAUUCAACGCCGUAGUGGAAAGGACUGGUCACGCUGUUCAUGCUCAAUCCACUCCUGCUAAGGCUGUAUAUGCCGCCCCUAUCGUGAAAUCAGUUGUAGCCGCCCCUGUGUACCACCAUUACUAA